AUGACGAGUCCCCGAGCCGCCUGUACUUCCUUCAUAUAUUGAAGAACUCAACUCUCUCUCUUAGAAAAAUUAAAAAAAUCGUAAAAUCAAACCCCUAAAUCGGAGUGAUUCUUGUGAAUCGAUCAUGGAGACGAUGUCCAAGUUCAAGCUGAUGAUCAUACUGUCUCUUUGUUUGGUUGUACGUUUGACUCAAGCGAGGGACGUUCAGUACUGCGAUAAGAAGGCUGAGUAUGGUGUAGAAGUCAAAGGAGUUGAGAUAUCUCCUGAUCCAGUGGCAAGAGGCAAGACAGCUACCUUCAGCAUUGCUGCCGCUACAGAUAAUGCAAUCUCUGGAGGAAAACUGGUGAUUGAUGUUUCAUACUUCGGAUGGCACAUCCACAGUGAGACACAUGAUCUUUGCGAAGAGACGUCCUGCCCUGUAUCAGUUGGCGAUUUUGUGGUCUCUCACUCACAAAUUUUACCUGGAUUCACUCCACCUGGCUCAUACUCUUUGAAGAUGAAAAUGUUAGAUGGAAACAAGAAGGAGCUAACGUGCAUUGCCUUUGAUUUCGAUAUUGGAUUUGCAUCCUCAGUGACCGAUAGUUAAAUGCUCAAAAGAUUUGUUUGCUCCAAUCUCUUUUGUCUCGUCGCAUAUAAAAUUAGCAUGUAAAGAGAAAAUAUUCAAACUUGGUUUGUGUGAUGUGUAACAUUUACCAGAAACUUAAAAGAUCAAAAGAACUUCACUUAGGAGUUUAAUCA